UUCGCCUCUGCGGCUGCGAACGCCUCGUAUGUUGCCAGUGCCGACGGACCGAGCGAUGGAGGGAACGCUGCUCCGCUGCAGACGCUGUCGGAGAGCCGCCGUGGAUCUGACUGCUUCCCCUUCGGCCGCAGAUGAAAGUUCAGCUGAUGUUUGUGCGGUUUGGCACGUGAGCGUGGACAAGCUGCCGGGCUGGAUCCUGACCUCCGUCCAGCAGGCCCAGUGGACCGCCGGGAAACUGAACUGCUGUAACUGCGGCGCUCGUUUAGGAGGCUUCAACUUCCUGACUCGCUCCAGGUGUCCCUGCGGUCUGGACACCAAGGUCCACCUGAACAAGAGCCGCGUGGAUCAGGACCGCAAGCGUCACGUCCCCAUCGUCCAGCCCAGGAGGACGAGGUCCGAGGCGGGAACAGAAACCGGUCAGAGUGAACCUAGCAGGACUCCUCUGAUCAGCCGUCCCGCAGAGUCCUCGGAUCGGGUCCCCGAUGGUGGGACCCGGCAGGGACGCUGCUGCUUGGAGGAUGAUGGACACUCUGCAGACUCCACAGACCUUCUGAGGUCGUUCUUUUUAAAUCCACAGUUGGACCCAGAAGAUUCGAUUGACCCUGGUGUUCCUGGGGUUUCUGGAGCCAGACGUUUGUCCCAGUAUCAGAACCAGGACCAGACUCACGAGGCACAGGAGCCGACCCCUGGCCACGAGGAGGUUUUAGCUUCGGGUUCUUCUGUCAGAUGGCGGUCCAGCUCUGAUGGAGAAGCUCUGCAGGAGAGCUCCUCGGCAGAGAUCCGACUGAACAAGAGAGAGAAGAAUCGUCUGAAGAGUCAGAGGAGGAAGGAGAGGAGGAGAGAAAGAUGGCUGCAGUGUCUGGACCAGCAGAAGGCUGAUGGCGCUCCGCCUGCUGACCCUGCGGUGGGGGACGGAGACGGGCUCACCUGCCCCGUGUGCCUCGACGUCUACUUCAGCCCUCACGCCUGCCAGCCCUGCGGACACGUCUUCUGCGAGCCGUGUCUUCGCACGCUCGCCCAGAACCGUCUGACGGUCACGCCCUGCCCGCUGUGCCGCACCCUCAUCUCCAACACCAGCUUCAGCGAAGAACUCGAUCAGACGGCCAAAGCUCUCUUCCCAACAGUCUACUUCUCCCGGAAGCACAGCUUCCAGCACGCCUCGUGUUCCCGUUGGCCUCUUCCCAACGCUAAGAAACCCUUCGGCUCAUUUUGGGAGAACCGGCGUCCUGGAGCACCGGUUUGGAGGCGCUGGCACUUUGUGCACAGAGGUUUGACGCCGGAAGCCGUGUAUGUGAACAACGCUCGUGACCUGCAGCUGAACCUGGGCCUGGUUCUGGUCCACGUCUCCCCGUUCUACUGGAUCCUGGCCUUAAAGGUCCUCUGCGUCCUGCUGUACUACUUCGUGUUCUGA